GAAGCGUAUACCCAGUUUGGCAACGAAGGGAAAAGUUGUAUGGCAUUUGCGAUGGCCGAGCUUCAGGAUAUCAGCAGCGUGGAGUCGCCGUCAUCCUGGGAAGAAUUCGGUCGAUACGGACUGUGUUUUCUGGGCAUGAUAGCUAUGUAUGAUCCGCCGCGAGAUACUGUCUUCAAAGCUCUUUCAACCAUGAAAACUGCUGGCACAGGUGACCUUCAAAAUAUGGAAGUGGAAAAAGAGCGUGAUCAGUUAUCAGUAAUUCACUGCGAGAAGCUGAAUACCCUGAGCGAUCAAGAAUGGGAUGAUAUCCUGAAACAAAAAGCUGUUGUGUUUGCGCGUGCUACACCUUCUCAUAAGCUGAUCAUUGUCAAGGAAUGUCGGCGUCGAGGCGAAGUGGUAGCGGUGACUGGGGACGGAGUCCUGGAUGCGCCAGCACUCAAGGAAGCCGACGUUGGAAUCGCUAUGGAAGCAGUUGGUAAACACGCGUUUUUGCGUUAUUCGUUUUCGCAAAGAACGUAA